UAAAAAUGCUUUUUGACUGUUUUUAAAGAAUUCUAUACCGUAGCGUGCCCUAUCUUUAUGAAUGGGUAGUUUAUAUGUUUCUUUACAGACUUUCUAGGUCCCGAGGUGACUGAGGCUGCUGGAUUUCUUUUGUUGACUGGUGCAUCUCAUUACAGGUGCUCAAUCUGAUAUUGUAUCUUACAAGAUCCCUGCCAGGAGAGACAUUCGAAUAUCAUAGUGAAGUCUGUACGUGAAGGAUUGAUGCCUUUAGGGGAAAAAAAGUAAUAGCCACCUUCAGGAACCGCCACAUCUCAAUUCUGCAUGAACAAAGCAAGAUUCUGAGAGUGGCUGCCCCUGAGAAGCAGAAAUCAUUCUUGUGGAUAGCCAUUGGCUCCUGAGGUUCUAUCAGAGAUGAGGCACCUUUAAUACCUGAGAGUGACUAUUCUCCAUAAGGCACUGGAAAAUCAGCUUUCAGGGACUGACAAGGACACUGAAGCUGUUAGUAAUAGUGUAUCUACUGAUGUCCUUCUAGAAGAGAGCAAAGCUUUGGUUAUAUUACAACUUAAGAACUGCAAAGAGGUGUAGUAAUCCUGGUGGAGGACUGAAUCCAGGUACUCAAAAAAGAAGUUAUGCCCUCUCACAAUGCUAUACUUUCCCAAGGGGGGAACAUGGAGGAGAAAGAAAUGAGUGAUGGAUCACAGAUAGUCAGGUCUCAGGAAUCACUGACAUUCCAGGACGUGGCAGUGAACUUCACCAGAGAAGAAUGGGACCAGCUGUACCCUGCUCAGAAGAACCUUUACCGAGAUGUGAUGCUGGAGAACUACAGGAAUCUGGUAGCACUGGGGCAUCAACUUUAUAAGCCAGAGGUGAUCUCUCAUUUGGAGCAAGAGGAGCAGUGGGUGAUGGAAAGAGACAGCCCACUGGAUACUCACACAGAUGGGGAGAGUAGACCUGAAAUCAAAAAAUCAACUCCAAACCGGAAUAUUUCUGAUGAAAAUCAAAAUCAUGACAUGAUAAUGGAGAGACUAACAGGAGAUAGUUUCUGGUACUCCAUCUUGGGAGGACUCUGGGAUUUUGAUUACCAGUUAGAGUUUAACCAAGAAAACCAGCAGAGACAUUUAGCACAAGUAUCUUUCACCCACAAAAAGAUCACACAGGAGAGAAGCCAUGACUGUAAUAGAUUUGGAGAAAACUAUAAUGUGAACUCAAACCUUAUUAUGCAUCAGAGAAUUCCUUCAAUUAAAAUACCCCUUAAUUCUGACACACAAGGAAAUAGCAUCAAACGUAAUUCAGACUUGAUUUACUAUCAGGGAAACUAUGUAAGAAAUAAUCCUUAUGAAUAUAAUGAGUGUGGAAAAAUCUUCAAUCAACAUAUUCUUCUUACUAAUCAUAUUCACACUGAAGAGAAACCCAGUGAAUGUGGAAAGGUUUUCAGCCACAAUUCAUCUCUUACUCAACCUCACAUAGUCCUUACAGGAGAGAAGCCCUAUAAGUGUGAUGAAUGUGGGAAAAGAUUCAGCCAGAGGAUACAUCUUAUUCAACAUCAGAGAAUUCACACAGGAGAAAAACCUUUUAUAUGCAAUGAAUGUGGGAAAGCCUUCCGUCAACAUUCAUCCUUUACUCAACAUCUGAGAAUUCAUACUGGAGAGAAGCCCUAUAAAUGUAAUCAAUGUGGUAAGGCAUUUAGCCGUAUCACAUCCCUUACUGAACAUCAUAGACUUCAUACCGGAGAGAAACCUUAUGAAUGUAGUUUUUGUGGGAAAGCCUUCAGCCAGAGGACACAUCUUAAUCAGCAUGAGAGAACUCAUACAGGAGAGAAACCCUAUAAAUGUAAUGAAUGUGAGAAAGCCUUUAGCCAGAGUGCACACCUUAACCAACAUAGGAAAAUCCAUACUCGGGAGAAAUUAUGUGAAUAUAAUAAAUGUGAGAAAACCUUAAGUCCCAGUCCUUCACUUACCCAGCAGCACGUAACUCAUGCGGGGGGAAUCAUAUGAAUAUAUAAAUCUGGGAAAACUUUUGGUCAGAUCUUUUCAUCCCAUUCAAUAUCAAAUUAUUCAUAGAGAGAAAGCUUAUAAAUAAACUUUUAAUACAUAGAAACUAAAUAAAUUUAGGUCUUAAAUUAGCAUGUUCCCAGGAGAGAUUAUAAAUAGUGAAAAUAAUUUAUUUUAUAAAUAAGAUUAUAUUAAGAGUCAUGUUCCAAAUCUGAUAUAAAACUUUUUUCAAUGACCAGAAAUCUUGUAGGCAAUAAUCUGUAAUUAUUCACCUGUAACUUUUAUGAUAUAAAGUUUUUAAAUUAUGUAAACAUUGAUUAAGGCAAUGAUGUGGUGUAACUAGUCACAUAAACUUGAAAUAAACAUAAAAGCAAUAUUUCUCAAACU